GCACCUGUGCCUGCGCUUUGUGAAACUGACAGGCUGCAGCAGGAUGAAGAAGCACGAGGCCAGGUCUGAGUGAGGUUUCAUAUCACGGCUGCACUUCAAAAGCACAAUCUGACUGACCAACACUGGGAUGGAGGGAGUGCUGACUUUAAACUCUGCUUCUCGUCUCAACUGUUCCUCUCAAGACUCGUCUUCUCUUUUGCCACUGGAUGCUCAGGAAGAUGCAGAUGUCCAAACAUCCUCUGCUGUGCCACCCCCAAUAUGUGUUACCACUGCACCUCCACCUCCUCCUCCUCCUCUUCCUCCUCCCCCUCCCCCUCAUUUUGGCUCUCGUAAUGUUGAGCGACGAUCCAUGAAAAAGCUGAACUGGGAACCCAUCCCCAGCCAGCAUGUCAUGGGCAAAGUGAACGUCUGGACAUCCAAGCGUACUCAGAGGGACCUGGUGCUGGAUGUUCGGAGCAUGGAGGAGUUGUUCAGUCAUGUAGACAAACGGGCAUCGCUACGCAACCCAAGGGUCAUUGGUAUGAAGAAGUGUGACAGCAUGGAUCUCUUUCCACAGGACCUUCAGGUCACAAUCCUUGACUCUAAGAAGAGCAUGAACAUUGGGAUCUUCCUGAGACAUUUCAAGAGGUAA